UAUGAAGGUGACAGUACCUGGUGAAGAAAUCGGAAGUUGAUCUACUUGAAAUACCAGCUGCUUUGAGGCACUGGAGGCGGCUAGAGAGGGAUAUAUUCAGGGCUGAGCGCUCCCGUCACACAGGCUUGCAGACUGCCUGCCCAGCUCCUCCAGGAACACGGGACUUCCAGACCACAUCUGGCCGCCAUGAGUUCCCUCGGUGAAGCAAUCAUCCACCUUGCAAUCGAUCUGUUCCACCAGAUCAGAAAAUCAGAGAAGGAAAACAUCUUCCUGUCCCCUUUCAGUAUCUCGUCAGCCUUAGCCAUGACUUACUUAGGGGCCCGAGAAAACACCGCAUCAGAAAUGCAGAAGGUCCUUCACUUCAAUGAAAUCACAGAGAACCCAAGAGGAAGAGCUACAAGAAAUCUCGUUGAAAAGCCAGGAAAAGUUCAUCAUCACUUUCAAAAGCUUCUGACGGCAUUAAAGAAAUCCACUGAUGCCUAUGAGCUGAGUGUUGCCAACAGGCUCUAUGGAGAAAAGGAGUUUCCAUUUCUCCGGGAAUACAUGGAUAAUGUUAAGAAAUUUUAUCUAGCCAGUGUGGAAUCUGCUGAUUUUAAAAAUGCUGCAGAGGAAAGUCGAAAGAUGAUUAAUUCCUGGGUGGAGAGCCAAACCAAUGAAAAAAUCAAAGAUCUGUUUCCCAAAGACUCUCUACUCGACAGCACUACUGCUCUGGUUCUGGUGAACGCUGUCUAUUUCAAAGGGCAGUGGAACCAGGAAUUUAAGAAAGAAAAUACUGUGGAGGAAAAGUUUUGGCUGAACAAGGAUACAAGCAAACCUGUGCACAUGAUGAAACAAGCCAAUCAUUUCAAUUUUGUGUCACUGGAGGACGUGCAAGCCAAGAUCCUGGAAAUACCGUACAAAGGCGAUGAGCUAAGCAUGAUGGUGCUGCUGCCCAAUGAAGUAGAUGGUCUGCAGGAGCUUGAAGAUCAGCUCACUGCUGAGAAGUUAAUAGAGUGGACGAGCCCACAGAAUCUGGGGAAGACACAAGUGGAUUUAUACCUGCCUCGGUUUAAAGUGGAAGAGAGCUAUGACCUCGUGCCCACACUGAAAGCCCUGGGGAUGGUGGACGCCUUCAAUGACAGGGCUGCCGACUUCUCGGGCAUGACUGGGAGACGUGAUCUGGUGGUGUCGAAGGUCGUCCACAAGUGCUUUGUGGAGGUGACCGAGGAGGGCACGGAGGCCACAGCUGCUUCCGGCGUAGAAAUUACUGUAAGAGCAGGAAGAAAUUCUGAGAGUUUCCGCUGCGAUCACCCCUUCCUGUUCCUCAUCAAGCACAUCAAGACCAACAGCAUCCUCUUCUGGGGCCGAGUCUCUUCCCCUUAGACGUCCUUGGCCAGCGGCCACACUCGGGGACGUUCAGAGAGCUGUUCCCCGAGCUUGAAUGCUGGUGUAACAAUCUCCUUGGAUUUAUUUUCCUUUCCAACCUUAUAGUCAUCUCUAAGAAUAUAAUCGCUGAAAGAGCAUGUCUGUCCUUCUCCCUCUUUUCACAAACGCAUGUAAACCUACUCUGUUUCCUCAUGGAAACUCCCAUUUGGACAAAAUGUUCAACAUAUGAUAAAAGGAUAUGUCAAUAUUAUAUCUUCACCUAACUUUGAAAUAAUAUAUCUGCUGUUUCAAAAAUCACAUCUAUUUUUCAAGUCUACUCAGCUAGACCUCCACAUUUAUUUGCGUUUAAGUGAUAUGGGGGACGCUUACAAGCUGAAAAUGUUUGCUCUUAAGAAACAGGUGAUCAAUAAAACAGUACUUUUUCAGUUUA